UUCAGAGGUAGAGCCGUUCAUUUUAUAUGUUUGGUCUCUGAAUCCGAGUAAACAAACCCAGUGAGGAAAAUGAGUGAGGUGGUGCUAUUUUCCCCAUCUUCUUCCACUCACCUCAGAACCAAAACUAGUUGUUCAUCUUCACCAUCACCCAUCUCCUCACAUGUUAUCAUUUCUAGUCACCACUCAUUCCCCAAAUCAAAAAUUUCUCUCCCAAGACUUCAAUUGCGAAGGAAUAAUGGAGUCGUAACUCAUUGCACCAGCAGAAACAACUUACCUGAAGGAGGAGGAGGAGGUGACAGUGGCAGCAAGAGCGUCUUAGAUGCCUUUUUAUUGGGCAAGGCACUAGCAGAAGCUAUUAACGAGCGCGUUGAAUCUACAUUGGGAGAGUUGUUGAGUACAGUCGGCAGGUUACAAGCCGAGCAACAAAAGCAAGUUCAAGAUUUUCAGGAGGAAGUGUUAGAAAGGGCCAAAAGCGCAAAAGAAAAAGCAGCACGAGAAGCUAUGGAGGCACAAGGGAACAUACCUAGUAAGUCGACCGAAUCUCCUGAGGUGGUGGAAGUAGAAAUCUCCCCUUCAUCAUCGUCUGAGCAAGUUAAUAACACUUACAACAGCGAUCCAAUUAUAGGGAUGAUGAUAAAUGAUGAUUAACAGUUUUAAUCUCGCCUUGCUGCAGUACUCUUUGUAGAGUAGGUUGUGCUGCUCAGAGUAUAUGUAAUUUUGGGCUCCUUUAUAAACUAAACAUCUAUGUAAAGCAUCAGCUAUAAAAUCUUCACUUUGUUUGCAAAGAACAAUAAAUUUGUGUAUUUCUCUUGAAUAACUGCAUC